CUUGUUUACUAUCUCUGUCAAGUACCUGUUUGGAGAAAGCUAGCGAGCGAAAGUUAACAGAAAAUAAUGUUCUUUCGUUUAUCCUUCUAUUGUUACUUGGAUAUACAGAUCUAGAGGUAUAUUCGACUGCAAGGGGUCAUUUUUAUUAUUGAAUACUUCUGGAAUUAUGUGUUUCGCUCGCUGAACUGUGCUGUAUCCGUGUUGCAGUACAGGUUGUGAGUAGCGCGUUCUCAUUUACACCUGUUGCUUUGGCUAAAACCUAUUGCAAGGUGGGGCGGCUUGGGAAUGGAAAAUCGUCCGUAGUGAUUGCCGUGUGCUGCUGAAUCAUUUUAUGUGAGCUAACCAAGUAGGGAAGAAUUUGUGAUUUCUGUCUAUAGAUAUUGAUGGAAAAAGGCACAGAUGGAAAAAUGGCUGAAAAACAGACUCCUUUAGAUUAUGGAGUUCAGAUACGAUUUAUUAAUGACUUGUCAGAAAAGGGAAGACAUAAAAAAGCAUCAAACCCCAGUUCCAAGUCUAGCAAAUAUGGAGUAGCAGUGAGGGUCCAGGGAAUUGGUGGGCAGCCUUUUGUUGUGUUAAACAGUGGAGAAAAAGGUGAAUCAUAUGGUGUUAAACUCAGAAGUGACCCAAGUUAUGGAACUGCAUCACAGGGCAGUACAGCCGAGAAUUUAGAACACUAUAAUACCUUCCCACGAAGGAAGUCUGCAAAUAGAACAUCUAGUUCAGAACUUCCUGAAAAUCCUUAUGGAGAAAACUUCACAAGGCAAUAUUCCAGAAGUGACUCCCAAUGUAGCACAUCAGAUGAUGAACGAGGAUCGGUACACCCUGUAAAGUUUUUUGAUUCAAAGGAUUACAGAGUGAGCAGUGGUAGUGUUCUUUCUUACAAAAGUGAUGAUUCAUUUUCCUCCCAAAGUGGAAGCCAUCCCGUGUCAUAUUCCAAGUCUUCUGGUGAAGAACUUAGAAGAGCUCAUUCCCAAGAUUCAUUACUAGAUGAUACUUAUUCCCACAGAAGAUACAGUUCUAAGGUAUCGAACACUGAAACACCCCAGUUCUCAGUUGAAGUCCCAAGGAGCAAUAGUACAUUCAAUCUAUCUAACACGGACUGGCCUGAAAACGCUGAAAAACCUAAAGUACCCAGUCCAUGGUCUUCAGGUGGGCGAGUGUCUUCAAGUUCACCGGUUGCUUUCUCUCAGUCUAACAAAUCUGUUUCUCCUAACAAGUCCGUGCUCAAAAAUGGCGAAAGCAAUGAAAUAGAUACAAAACCUUUGUCUUCUGUUGAUAGCCUCAUAAACAAGUUUGAUGGAAGAGGGGGUCAGCAACGAGGCAGGCAACCUAGAAGAAACAGAAUUCCAUCAGAUGACAGGAAAAGAUCUCAAAGUGUUGAUGGUCGAGUGGAGUCCCAUGACGCAUCUGACUUCAGGGAACUGAAUACUUCUGAAAUGCUGCCUCAGACAAAGAUUUCUCCAAAGGCAAUUUUCAGCUACCAGUCUGCUAGUCUUGGAAGGCCAUUCAAAAAAUCCCAAGAACCAUCUUCUAGAAUGUCAAACACAACUAGAGAGCUGCAAAGCAACAAAUUAAAGCAGGAACCUGAAAUUGAAAGAAGUUCGCUGUCUAAAGUCAAUGCAGAACUUCAGUUUAAAUCAACGCCUGACCUCAUAAAAGAUCAACAAGAACUGCCCCAAGCUGAUGGAGAUGACUAUACAAAAGGGGUCAUCUAUCGUAUUCUCAGUGAAGGGAGUUCAGAAAGUGAGCAUUCCUUGAAGAGAAAAGUAAAUCUUGUUUUUGAAAAGAUAAAGCCAUUUAAGCAGGCAGGUUCUUCUGUGGACAACAGUUCCUUGAUUACACAAAAUAAUGAACUUGAAAAAAAGGUGGCAGAAUUGCAGCACAAGCUGGACGAAGAGAAGAAGAACGCUCAGAAUGUUGGUUCUUCAAGAGAUCAGUCCAGUGCUGCCUUUCGUAAUCUCCAGAUUCAGCUGGAAGAAAAAGUGGAGGAGUACAGUGAACUCAAAGAACAGUUUGAUAAAAAUAAAAGGGAGCUUAUCAAUGCAAUCCAAGAGUUGCGGCAGGUGAAAGUUGAGAAGGAGAACAUGGAUACGAAGCUGGGGAACCUGGAGAAUCAUCUGUCAGAUAUGCAGAAUGAACUUUUUCACGCACAGAAAUCUCAAGGCAAUUCAGCAGACAGAGAUACUAUAGAAGUGGAGCUGCUAGAAUCUAAGGUACAGCUGCAGGAAGUGGAACUCCUAAGACAGAAGCAGGAUGAGAUUUUGCAUCAACGUGAGAGGGAGCUAACAGCAUUAAAAGGAGCCCUGAAGGAAGAAGUAGCUAACCAUGAUAAAGAGAUGGACCGUCUGCGACUGCAGUAUCAGACAGACAUGGAGCAACUCAGGAAGAACAUUGAACAAAUUUCUGAGAAACAGCACACUGUGGAGGCUGAGAGACUGAAAAUCAAUACGGUUGUACGAAAUCUGCAGAACGAUCUAGAUGAAAGCAAGGAGGAGAACAACCACUGGAAGGAAUUAUUUCAGAAAAGCAAAGAAGAAUUGCGCAGCGUUAAACAAGAACUUUUACAAACAAAGGUGGAGAAAGAAGAAUUUGAAGAUGAGCUGCUGGAGUUGAGAGACCGCUUCUCAGCUAUGCAGGUAGAGGUUGAUAGUGUCAAAGGCAGUGCAGCUAACAGUAAGGAAUUGGAGACCUUGAAAAAGCAACUGGGGGAAACUCGAAAAGAAUUACAGAAUCAGAUAUCUGAAAAAGAACGACAGGAGGAGCUUCUGCACAAAAAAGAUCACGAGCUAGUGGCAUUGAAGGCAGAAUGGGAAGAUGAAGUAGCCAGUUGUGAUAAAGAGAUUGAACAAAUGAAGAAACAGCAUCAGCAAAGCUUGGAACAACUGAAGAAAGAUUAUGAAGAAACUUCCAAGGGUAAGGUAGCUGUUGAAAGUGAAAAAGAAGCUGCAGAACAAAUGACAAAAGCAAUGGAAGAGAUUUUAAAGAAGACCCAACAAGAGAAUGAAGACCUGAAAAAGAAAGUCUCAAGUUUGGAAGUCCAUUUUACGGAGUUCAAAGAUGUUGUGGAUGAAUUACAGAACUCUGAGAAGAGACAUAAAGAGAAGCUCAGUCGACUAGAGGCAGAACGCAGACAAAUGGAAGAGUCUCUUGGAGAAGCAGCAGACCAGGAGCAUGAGGCAGCUAUGACUAGGAGAGUGCUUGAGAACAAACUGGAGGAAGCACAAAGAAAUCUGAGCCGGCUAUCUGAAGACUACAAGGAGCUGCAACAACAGUUCCAGGAAGAGAUGAAGCAGAAGGACCAGCUGAAGAAAAUAAAAAAUGAACUGGAAGAAGAAAAACGUUUAUUAGACAGAACUAUUGAUAAGCUCACCAAAGAGCUGGAUCAAAUGACUGAUGAGUCCAGAAGUUCCCUUUCAUUGUUGCAGUCCCAGCUGGAAGAGUAUAAAGAGAAAUCACGCAGAGACAUUCUUGAGCUCCAGAGACAGAACAAGGAGAAAACCUUGGAACUGGAGAAGACAGGUUUGACCAUCAAGAGAGUUCAGGAAGAGGCUUACAGACUGAAACACGACUUGCAAGAGAGCCUGGCAACAAAAGAAACAGCAGUAUUGGAUAAGGACUUGUUGACACAGCGUAUUCAGCAUCUGGAAAAGGAUAUUGAAUCCAAAAAACGUACACAGGAUGAUCGGUCUAAGCAAGUCAAAGUACUAGAGGAUAAAGUCCGUCAUCUGGAAAUGGAAUUGGAUGAAGAAAAGAAUACAGCAGAGUUAAUGACAGAGAGAGCAAACAGAGCUAGAGAGCAGCUGGAUCAGUUGCGUGCAGAACUAAUGCAGGAAAGAGCUGCCAAGCAGGACUUGGAGUGUGACAAAAUAUCAUUGGAAAGACAGAAUAAAGACUUGAAAAGUCGUUUGACAAACUUUGAAGGGUUUCAGAAACCAAAUGCUGGUACAGCACAGCUUGAGUCAAGAGUCAAAGAACUGGAAAGUCAACUUCAGACGGAGGAAAGGGAGAAAAACGUCUUGCUCUCAAGUAACCGGAAGUUGGAGCGAAAGGUAAAAGAGCUGUCAAUACAGAUAGAUGAUGAACGGCAGCAAGUACAUGACCAGAAAGAUCAACUGAGCUUGCGUGUAAAAGCAUUGAAAAGACAGGUUGAUGAAGCAGAAGAGGAGAUAGAGCGAAUGGAAGCUUCAAAGAAAAAAAUACAGCGGGAGCUUGAAGAGCAGCAUGAACUCAAUGAACAGCUUCAGAACAAAGUCAAAGCCCUGGAAAAAGACGUGUGGCAAAAGAACGCUCGAUCAACUGCAGUACAGGAUGAUCUAAGCUCAGAUGAUGAUUUUGACAGUGCCUAUGAUCCUUCAUCCAUUACAUCAUUACUAACUGAGAGUAACUUAAAGACGAGUUCUUGCUGAGGAUUGGCAAUGCCUGUGACUUCAGACCUUGUGCUUGAUAUGUAAAUUGCAGUGUAUAUAAUAAUGGAGGUGUCUUAUCCAUGGUUACACUACCAUUUCAAAGUAGAAGGAACUUAAUGAAUCUCAUCUAGUGCCUGCUUUCUUCAGAAAACAGCCCUUAGCUUUUUAAUGAUUUGCCGUACUACUGAUUCAGAUUUAAUUGUACUAUUUUUUUACUUGAAAUUUUGACAGUGAUUUAGGGCAGCUGAUGAAUAUGCUUGCAGUCUGCCUACCUGAAACCUUUCAGCAUAUUAACAGUCCAGGGUUUUAGGAUUAUACUGUGAAAGGCAGAGGCUGCUUAUAAUGGGAUUGCUUAACAGGGAAAUUAUACUGAAUUGUUUUUUUUUUUUGUUUUUUUUAAAUGAGUGCAAUAAGUUUCAUAACAGCUGCUGAGUGGUUGUUCCUCCAUACAGUAUCAGCAGAGAUUUUAGUUUUAUCUGUUUUAUUGAAAAGCACUGCACAUGGUUAUAGAUUAAUAUAUGCUUGUACUCACUAGCAAAUCUAUCCCUUUGUCUACAGAGGCAUUCCUAAAUGGGAUAGAUUAAAUCAGUUUAAAUAAUUUUCAAAAUGGAGCACAUUUAAAUAUUUAUCAGAUGAACACUAAAAUGAAUAAUAUAUAUUUUAUAAGCACAAAUUAUCUUUAUUUUGUUAAACUGGUAAUUUACAGCAGCGUGUCUUUUUCACUUCUCAUCCCAUAAUUUGUUUCCAAAACUGUUUGAGGCUGCAAUGGACAAAUUUGCAUAAGGGGCAAAGUAGGGAGAACAUUUGCCUGCAUGUUGAAUAUUAUUGCAGUAUCCAUACGUUCUGUUGUUUUUCUGAAUAGAGUCUACAGUACUGUGUAAUAAAGAGAGACACAUGUUGGAACCAUUGAAACACACGCCGCCUUCAUAAACAUCAUCAUAAGACUAACAGAAUUGCAAACCUGUGUUUUGUAGUAAUUAUCAGUUUGAAUUUCUCACAAGCUAUAAUCAUUUUGAAAUAAAAUUAUAUUAAUUUGUGAUUUAGACACCGGUACAACUCAACCGCGAUGCAGAUUUGUACUUGUUUUAUAUUCCAGUUGUAAGACUGCUGACUAGCAAAACUUUCCUUGGAGGCAGACAAGGCUGCAUUCUUGGGGUAAAAUGACCAGUGGAAAAUGUACAGAAUCAUUUUUAAAACUGCAUUGCUGAAUUGACAAAUGAUAUUUCACAAUAAAUUGUAAAUUUAUAAAUCAA